UAGUGGUUCCUCAUCUUCUUCAAUCACACCGUCGUAACUGACAUAAAGUAGAAUAUACACACCGUGACGCGUCUUCUUCUCUCUCUCUCUCUCCUCCGCGUUUCUCUCUCGAACACUAAGUGGAGAAAGCGAUAGACUUCCCGGAGAGGAUGGUUUCGUUCGCUGGCUUCGCCUUCGUCACUGGAUUCUUGCUGGGACUCCUCGCCGUCGUCGCUGCGGAAGUUGCCGCGUUUCUGUACCUUGUGAAGCGGUUGAAUCGGAAGAGAAAUCUCCAGGGAUCGAAGAGUUCAGAUCCGACAUUGAAAGGCUCUGAUCCUCCUCCUCCCAAUUCCAUUGAUUUCAAUCUCAACAAACAGGGAGUGAUUUGGGUUCUGGAGUUGGAUGAGAGUUUAAAGGAGAAGUUACCGAAAGAGCAAAAGAAGAAGAACAAUCUGUUGGAGGUGCAUCCCGUUAGGAAGUUUGCUCGUAUCAAAGACCAUAAGCUCCACUUAUCCGACGCAGAUGGCAACAAGACGGUUGUUACUUUGAAAGGUUGCUCCGUUGAGGCUGUUUCAGGAUCUGAACUCCCCACUAGAAAAUGGGCUAAAAGAUUCCCUAUACAAGUAGAGAGCAAGGCUUCAGAGUUGUACAAAGGGAACCGUGUGUUUUACAUCUAUCUCGAGACUUCUUGGGAGAAGGAGUCUUGGUGCAAAGCUCUUCGCCUCGCUGCUUCCAGUGAUCAUGAGAGGUUUAUCUGGUCGACCAAACUGAAAGACGAGUUCCGGAGCUAUAUGGCUUCGCUUAACGCUGCAUAUCCUUCUUUUCUGAAACCAUCUGCUGGUUUUAGUUUUGAGUCAUUGGACAAGGGAGUUAAGAUAGACGGUCCUUCCUCAAAGGUUCGUUUGUUCUGGAAGAAGUUUUCGAAAAAGUGCUCAACCAAAGUGAACUCAACACGUCCUCCUUACCAAGACUCACAGUCCAACGGUGGCUCCUCGGGAAGGAGCAAUCCAGGAAGGAAGAUUCGUGACAACAUCAUCCCUGAGGAAACCGAUGUGGGAGCUUUCUCGCGUUCUUGGAGCCAAGGCAGCCAUGCUUCGGAUGUUGACUCGGAAGACAAGUUUUUCGCUGAUGAAGGAACUUUGGCGUGGAACUUGCUCAUCUCUCGCCUCUUCUUUGAUCUCAAACAGAACACAGGGCUAAAGAAUGUUGUGCACGAACGAAUACAGCGGGUGUUGUCUAACAUGAGACGUCCCAGCUACGUAGGCGAUUUAAUCUGCUGUGAUGUAAAGAUUGGGAGUCUCCCGCCUUAUAUACAUGGUACAAGGAUUCUUCCAAUGGAGAUGAAUGGCGUGUGGGCGUUCGAGCUAGAUGUUGAAUACACCGGUGGUGCGGGACUUAUAGUUGAGACUCGGGUUGAUGCUCGAGAGGAAGAUCUGCAGAAAGGCAUAGCUGAAGGAAAACUGCAGCCAAAUGCUUCAGGGGAUGUUCCACCACAUCUCCUUGAAGGUCUUGCAGAUUUUGAGAAGCAGUUAAGUGUCCCUGGAGGAACCGUUGAUGCACAAGAUGUCAAAUCUGGAGGAAGCGAUAAAGCUGAUGAACCAAAGGGAUCAAAAGGUACAAAGGCAGCUCCAAACAAUGGAUCUAAGUGGAAGUCUAUUCUGAAGAACAUCGCUGAGCAAGUCUCUCAGGUUCCAAUUACUUUGUCAAUAGGAGUCUCUUCACUUCGAGGGACACUGCGUGUACACAUGAAGCCACCUCCAUCUGAUCAACUAUGGUUUGGAUUCACAAGCAUGCCCGAGAUUGAGUUCAACCUUGUCUCAUCUGUUGGUGAACACAAAAUCACAAACAGCCACGUUGCUAUGUUCUUGAUCAACCGGUUUAAGACCGGGAUACGAGAGGUCAUGGUGCUCCCUAACUGCGAAAGCGUAACCAUUCCCUGGAUGAUAGCUGAAAAGGAUGAUUGGGUCCAACGCAGUGUCGCGCCGUUCAUGUGGCUGAAUCAAGACUCAACUAGUGAUCACGACAGCAGCUUCGAAGCUGCAGAAGGGAAAGUUAAAGCUGAACAAACGAAGAAAACUACCAACGGUCCACAGAAACCAAGAGUUGAGGAAGAACCUGUGGCUGCACAACCACCAGCUAGCUCAGCAGCUCUUACAGUAGAAAGUGACAAAUCCUUGGAAGAACUCAAGACUCCGCUUCUGGAAAGCAGCGAGAAGCAGGAAACAGUAGCAGGAGGGGGAGGAGGGAACGAGGGGGAGAUUGUUCCGGUUAGUGUCCAGCCACAGUCGAGGUCUAUUGUGCCAACAAAUGAAGAGGUUGAUACGAGCUUCAAGGGAAAGAAAAUGGGAACAAAGGAGAGGAUGUUUGAUUUUAGGAAGAAAGUUGGGGAGAAGUUUGAAGAGAAGAAGCGUCAUAUGGAGGAAAGAAGUAGACAGAUUGUUGAAAAGAUGAGAGGACCUUGAAGAAGAAGCUUCUUUUUCAGGUUUCAGACCAAAAGAACAAGAAAGUCAAAUAUAGAGAUUAGAUUAGGACAUUGUUGUUACUUGUGUAUCCGUAUAUGUUUGGUGAAAAAUAUCAAAAAGAACUCAUUGCGGUA